AUGUUGUAUGAGGUAUGAAAAACAAUCAUCUCGUCGUGCUCGAUGUCUUUCUAUAAUUGGUUUGAAAAUUUGGUUAAGUUUGGAAGAAUGGGUAUUUGGAGUGUUUUCGGCCACUGCUGAAAUUGGUUUUCACGGCGACUAUCUGGGCUUCCCUUUGUUGAAUUCCGACCCUUGUUCAUAUUAAAAAUGGUUGGAGCUAGGUGUCGAGAAUGGUCAUAGGGAAGUCUCCAGUUAUCAGCAGGAAUUAUCUUGAUCUGUUAUGGUUCCAAGAUUCAGUUACAGAGAAGAAGAAGAAGAUGAAGAACAGUGGAAACGGGAAGAGUCACAAAGGAAAUGUGAGAGAGGAUCAGGUGAAGAAGGACAGGAAAUCAGGAUCGGACAUGAAUGAAUCGCCCAAGAAAGGUGGCCAUGGCAGCAAGUUCACCUGGGCUGAUGAUCUGGGCUACUCUACAGCCGACAUGGGUUUUCAGAAGGAAGUCAUCGACGCCAAGGAUCCAAACUUUGAAGACACAGUCGAGAUCCCAAGCGUCUGAUGAUUAUCAUGGUAUUGAUCCGUGAUCUUGAUGUCAUAUAGUUUUCAGUUUCUAUGAAAGAGAAGACGAUGAUCCUUAUGUAAAACCAG